AUGAACACACCCGGAACUCCCUCGAGCGAAAGCCUGGGAACCACGGCAAGCUACAUCCCCGUCUUUGCAUCCCGCGAGCGGGAUGCAAACAAUAGCAGUCCCGAGCCUCCCGAGCCCGCGUCCCGCGAGGACUUCGAUCGCCUCGAGAAGGAAGUCUCCAGCCGCUCCUACGAUAUCGCCAUGGAAAAGAUCCACGAGACCGCUAUGCGAGAGUUCAUCAGCGCCAUCAGCUGGAGUCGGUGGUCUGCUGUGAAGGCCUGGCUCGCGGAUGAUGUCGAGUUCGUCAAGGUCCCGCUUCGUUUGGGCGGCAUAUGUCACGGCGCCAAAGAAGUCGUUACCCAUUUCACCGAGAUGCAAGCCAGCGGACCCGUUUAUUUUGAGGUCGACUACAUGAUUGUAGACCAAGGAUACAUCACGUCCAUCGUUGAGAUGAGCCAGGACAUCCCUGCCGAAAAUGCCCGUACCGAGCAAAUUAUUGCCUGGAUUAUCAGCCUCGACGAUGACAACAAGAUAAUCCGUAUGGAACACAGAGAUAUCGGAGCGAAGAAGUACCGCCCCUUGAACCCACCUCAUAGGUUUUCCGAGGGCGACUACUCAGAAUUCCAGAUUUAA